CUUUAAAAGUCGCCCACUCCUCUUGUCCUGUCCACUCUCUACAGGCUUGAGGUCUUGCAUUGUCCGCUUUCAUUCUCUAUCCCACGUUCAUUCUCUCAGCUUCACGAGAUCUAGCAUCUCUUCCAGUCAUUUUACAGUCGCAGUCACAGUCUCUCCGGCGCAGACCCCAUCGCAAAUCUACCGUACCGCUUCAAGGACAAGACUCGAUACCCAGCUUUCUCGUCAUUUGAAUUGCCAGCCAAUUCAGUCACUCUCUGUGGACAUCUAACGACAACUUCCUAACCAACACUCCCUUGCGACCAGCAAACCAAACAGUCAAAAUGAAGACCUCCAACGUUCUCGCCUCCGUCCUCUUCGGCUCCAUGGCCGCCGCCGUUCCUCUUCAGAAGCGCGCCAUGGCGACCAUGACCCACACUGUCGUGGAAACCGUCGUUGUUUACACCACCGUGUGGGAGGGCGAAGGAUCCCAAGCCGAGGCCACCUCUGCGCCCGGCCUUUUCUACGAGCACCAUGACCAGCCAAGCUCUGCGGCAGCAUCGUCAACUGCGCCCGCUUAUACGCCGCCUGCCGACACUCCCUCUGUAGCCCCGGAACCGUCCAGCGUCUACACCCCUCCGGCUCCCUCUUCUCCCUCGCCUGAGCCGACCCCCUCAAGCGUCUACACUCCUCCCGCCGUUUCGACUCCCUCUCCAGCUCCGGAACCAUCCUCAGUCUACACUCCUCCUGCGCCAGCCUCCAGCGCCGCCGCCGCUCCCUCUCCCUCGGCAGCGAGCGAGGGCAGCGGCAGCGGUUACACCAACACUGGCGGCUCCAUCACCAUGAACUACUUCGGUGGAGGCACCGGCUCCUGCGGCAAGCCCAUUCCCGAUGACAGCAUCAUGGUCGCCCUUGCUACCGACCUCAUGGGCGCCAUGACCUACGACCAGGCGACCGGCAACCCAACCAACAAGUGGUGCGGCCAGAGAAUCGAGAUCACCUACAACGGCAACACCGCUGAGGCCGUCAUCGAGGAUGCAUGCUCAGGCUGCACCAACGGCGGACUCGACCUACCUCCCUCGCUCUGGGAGACGCUCACUGGUGGUGCUGGUGGUGCGAGCGGCGACCGCCUGCAAGGCGCGUCCUGGAAGACGAUCUAAGUACCUUGCCUACUCUUCUUAGGAAAAGACUCCUCAUACCCGCCAAUUUUUGCGCAGCUUCGCCCAGUAUACCCCACCAUUUCAAUUUAUCGCUAGCGCAGGCAGGUCAGCGCUUUGCACGAGUUACGACACAGACCUCUUUUGCAUCAAGCGGAUCAACCAAAGUCCACAUUGUCAAAAAUUUCCCCCUUCGAAGAAAAGACACAUGUACUAUCCUUCGCUCUUUCUUGUCACUCCUUCACAGCCGUUCGCCUCUUCGCUUCUGUACAUUACCCUAGGGACUUGGGCUGGGAUCUUCGGAUUGGAUAUGGACCGGUUGGGUGUUGAGGAAUACCUACACCUUAACCUUUAACCUAUAAAAACUUGUUGCGUGCUCUGCACGUUGCCUA